AUGGAGUUUUUUUUAGCAUGGCUCGUGUUAACUGUGGGGAUAAGCUCAGCGUAUCGUAGCCCCCUGAAUGACUUCCAGCGCUCCGAGGGCCGAGAGCUGGUGCCCACCGCUUGGAACUCUGCACGUGUUCUCAGCCACAGCGGCGUGAACCUGGAGGACUGCGCCUCACGCUGCUCCCUGUCCCUGGACUGCAGAGCGUUUAACUACGAGACCCGCCCCUUUGUGAGCUGCAAACACCUGCCCUGGGUCGGAGACGGCAGCAACGCGGAGGUCAAGAGGAACGUCAACUGUGACCUGUACGAGAAGAAAGUCUAUGUGCGUAAGUGCAUUGUGGGUCAAGGAGAAGACUACAGAGGGAAAGUCUUCAGCACAAAGAGUGGUCUGACCUGCCAGCAGUGGUGGUCCAAGUUCCCUCAUGAUCACAGGUGGACCCCGUCUCCCACUAACGGCCUGGAGCUGAACUACUGCAGGAACCCGGAUGGGGACCGGAUUGGCCCCUGGUGCUACACCACGGACCCCGAGCGCCGCUAUGAGAGCUGCAACAUCCCACAGUGCAAAGAUGAGGUGUGUAUCACGUGUAACGGGGAGGACUACAGAGGACAAGUGGACCACACUGUGAACGGCAGAGAGUGUCAGAGAUGGGACCAGCAAUAUCCGCACCAGCACAUCUACCAGCCUGAAAAGUACCCAGACAAAAGCCUGGACGAUAACUACUGUCGUAACCCGGACGCGUCGCCCGUGCCCUGGUGCUACACCACGGACCCGGAGGUGGAGAGGGAGAACUGUGAGAUCAGGAAGUGCACUGAGGUGCGAGUGGAGAAGCGUCAGCGCUCGAGCUUCACCACAAACUGUUUCCGCGGCCGAGGGGAGGAUUACCGCGGCAGAGUCAACGAGACCACCUCCGGGAUCCCCUGCCAGCGCUGGGACGCACAGGACCCGCACGAGCACCCCUUCUACCCCAACACCUACGAGUGCAAGGGUCUGGAGGAGAACUACUGCAGGAACCCAGACGGCUCCGAGGCCCCCUGGUGCUUCACGUCGGUGUCUAAAAUGAGGACAGCGCUGUGUUUACAGAUAAAACGCUGCGCAGACGACAUCGAGGCUGAAGAUUGUUAUCAUGAAAAUGGAAAAAACUACAGAGGAACCGUUCGUAAAACACGUAAAGGCAUCACCUGCCAGAAGUGGAACGUCAACACGCCUCAUCGGACAAAGAUUAACCCCCGGACUCACCCUGAGGCCAAUCUAACGGAGAACUACUGUCAAAACCCGGACGGGGACCAGCACGGCCCCUGGUGCUACACGUCAGACCCCAAAACCGAGUUUGACUACUGCGCCAUUAAACAGUGUGCCGGCGAGAAGGUGUCAAUGACUGAACCAGUGGAGAGGGUGGAGUUUAGUGAGUGUGGGAAGAGGGACGACCGUGUGCCCAGGUCCCAGCUGCGUAUCGUGGGAGGAGUCCCUGGGAACUCUCCCUGGACCGUGAGCCUCAGAGACAGGAAAGGAAACCAUUUCUGUGGAGGGUCCCUGGUUAACCCCAGAUGGGUGAUCAGCACCAAACAGUGCUUCUCCUCUUGUUACGUGGAUCUGCCGGGUUACUCUGCCAUGAUGGGGACUUUAUUCAGUAAACCUGCUGAAGGAGAACCUGGUGUGCAGACAAUCCCUCUCACCAAGAUCGUGUGCGGACCCUCAGAGUCUCAACUCGUCAUGCUACAACUGGAAUACCCAGCGCUAUUUAAUGAGCGUAUCUCCCAGAUCUGCCUCCCGCCCGAGAGGUACAUUGUGGCAGAGGGGACGGUUUGUGAGAUCGCGGGAUGGGGCGAGACAAAAGGCACCGGGGACGACACGGUCCUCAACGUGGCCCACAUUCCAGUUCUGAGCAACAAGGAAUGCAACAAGUACUUCAGAGGCCGAGUCCGCGAGAACGAGAUGUGCACCAGCUCCUUCCAGGGAGGAGUGGGCGCCUGCGAGAGGGACUACGGAGGACCUCUGGCCUGUCAGAACCGGGACUGCUGGGUUUUGGAGGGAGUGAUUAUCCCCAUGAGGCGCUGUGGUCACCCGGGACAGCCCAACAUCUUCAUCCGAGUGUCGGUCUAUGUGGACUGGAUCAAGAAGGUCAUGGAGAUGGCUUAA